AUGCUUAUCCCAUGCUUCCUCUUAAUUUUUACCUAUUUCAUCGUUUGGAACUAUUCGAGAAGGUUAUUUUAUGAAAAUCAUUUUGUGUUCCUUCCCAUCUGCUACAUCAUCACAUUCCUUAUCAUUCCUUGCUUGAUUAUAUUUUUUCAAGGCCUAUCUCACCAAAGUUCUCGUUACUGUAUCCAACCGGAGCCCGAUCGACUCAUCAACAAAAUCCUCCCCCUUGCAAUUGUGCUCUACGCAACUCUAGACUUUUUUCCAACCCACGAAGCGAAUUGUGAAAUUGGAGAAUAUUCAGACAACUGUAAAUUGUUCUUUAAACAUAUUCCUUUGAUUUUAUUCGGUGUCAAAUCCCUAGGGCUGUGGGUUGCCGCUGGAUUUAUCGAUUAUUGGAUGGCAAAGAAAUUAGAUAUUAUGUCGAAUGGAAAGCUGAUUGGGCGACUGAUCAAUAAUGGAAGAGGAGAGUGGGAGCAGCAGAUUCCAGUCUGGGAGGAUGAUGAUUGA